AUGGCGGUGGAGAGUAGUACUUAUCUGCUCUGUCUGCUUUCACUCUUUUGUGGUCCAUCCAGACAAGAUUACUUCAUUUCCUUGGAGCUGAGCUGUGGGGCUGGUCCGAGUCAUGUAGUGCUUGAUCCGGAGGUUCGUGUGCUGCUGGACUGCAGCCUGGGCUCUAGGGACAGCUCUCUGAACAUUACGUGGCUCCAGGACACUCUGCCUCUCGGGCACUCAGAGUUCCACCAGCUUCUGCCCAAUGGCUCUCUGCUGCUGCUGCCCACCUCCUCUGCUGCGGUGGAGGGCGCCUACAGCUGUGUGGCUGCCAGUGCACAUGGAGCACUGAUAAGCCGCACAGUCAAAGUUCUUCUUGCAAGUCUUUCCCGCUUUCACCAAGAGCCGGCUCCACAGACCGUUCCUGCCGGAGGAGUGGCCCGGUUUGAUUGUCAGAUUGAGGGAAGGCCCACUCCACUCAUCUCCUGGGAGAAGAACGGAGAACCUCUGCCACAAGACCACAGGUUCAUUUCUCUUCCAAAUGGAGUCCUUCAGAUCGUUGAGGUGAGCGAGGAGGAUGAAGCCACUUAUCGAUGCGUCGUGUCCAACUCGGCCGGGAGAGACACGAGCCACGAGGCCCGGCUCACCGUCUCCACAGGCUCUGAUGAAGCCUUGAACAGCGUGGUAAUUGUAACGGCGCCUCAGAAUGCGACUGUAGCUCUGGGUCACACAGCCGUGAUGGAGUGCAUGGCACAAGGCCAGCCCAAGCCCCUGGUCUCCUGGAGCAGACAAGAUGGAAAGCCUAUUUCCACUGAUGUGGUUGUCCUGGCAACGAACUUGGUGAUCAGGGACACAAGACGUCAUCACGCCGGGGUUUAUGUCUGCAGGGCGAACAAGCCCAAGACCAGAGAGUUUGUGAUCGCCACCGCCCAGCUGCAUGUGCCAGCUGAUCCAGUGAUUCUGCAGCCCCCAGAGUCAGUGUCCCUGUCCAGAGGAAACACAGCAAGAUUUGUGUGCAACAGUUCUGGAGAGCCAGCCCCAGUGCUGCGGUGGCUGAAGAACGGCCAGCCCCUGCAGCCUGCCAGGCGCAUGAAGAUCCAGAGUCCUGGGGUACUGCUCAUUAACCAGCUGGCCCUGGAGGAUGCAGGCUUCUACCAGUGCAUCGCAGACAAUGGCCUGGGCACGGCCUGCGCCACCGCCAAGCUCACCGUAAUAGUGCGAGAGGGUCUGCCCAGCCCCCCACGCCACCUCCUGGUCUCUCCUCACUCCAGCACCACUGCCCUCCUCACCUGGGAGAAACCAGAGUACAACUCCGACCAGAUCAUUGGUUACUCUGUGCACUGCCAAGGAGCUGGAGGUUCCGACAAUGUGGAGUACCAGUUUGCAAUGAACAACGACACUACUGAGUAUUACUUCAGAGAGCUCCUUCCUCACACUGCCUACACCUUUUUUGUGGUGGCCUACUCACCCAUGGGUGCAAGUCCACCUUCAGUACCUGUCACUGUGGAGAUGAUGGAAGAUGUGCCAAGUGCUCCACCCAAGCUGUCUAUUGCCAGCACUUCACCAACAAACAUCAGGCUCAUGUGGCAGCCGUUGUCUACCCAGCACAGAAGGGGGGCCGUUACCCGCUACCACAUUGAAUACAGCGUCAUGGACCAAAUGGACAAAAUCUUCUCUGUCGAAGUGGGCGGUAAUGAGACCCAAUUUACUCUGAAAGACUUACAACCCAACCAGAAAUACAGGCUCAGGAUAGCAGCUGGAACAGGCAUUGGAUUCGGAGUGCCAUCAGAAUGGGCCCAGCACCAAACCCUUGCCAAUUACAACCAAAGUGACCAGAGCUUGGUCAUUUUUGCGCCAACGGAGCUGAAAGUCAGGGUCAAAGUCAGUUCACUUAACGUCACAUGGCACCCGUCGCCAAAUCACACGUUGGUCUCAGGCUAUAAGUUGUCAUGUCAAGAAGUGGAUUCAGAUGAUGCCCCCAAUGGUCACAGGCCGCUUCAGAUGCACACCAUCAGGCUUCGCAAGAGGGCCAGAUACCACCUUCUCACUGGCCUGGUGCCUGACCGUCAUUAUGAGGUGAGGGUGUGGGCUUUUGCCAAGCAGACCGACGGAGCAGCAGCAGUGUGGAAGGGCCGCACGGACAAGGCUCAGACAAGGACACCUUGGCCUCCUCUGGGUGUUCCCCCGGCUCGACCUCCUCCUCUUCCCCCAAGUAUCAUCCAGGCUAUGGCCAACAGCUCCACCUCCAUCUGGCUGCACUGGGAGAAACCACGCUUCAGUAACGUUCGCAUCAUCAACUACACUGUGAGGUGCAGCCCUUUCGGGACCACCAACGCUUCACUGGUCUCCUACCACACCAGUUCUGUGCAGGAGAUUCUGCUGGCGGACCUGAAGCCCUUCACUCGAUACGAAGUGGCGGUACAGUCCAAUGGAGUGGAUGUGGCCGGGCCGUUCAGCAGCACUGUGGAGGAGACCACCCUGCCUGAUAGGCCUUCCUCUCCUCCAGAGGAACUGCAGCUGAAUGCACUCGACACGUCCUCUGUGUUGGUGAGCUGGCGCCCCCCUCUGGAACCAAAUGGUAUUAUCGUCAGCUACACAAUACUGUACAGCAUCAACAUGAGCCAGCCUGAGUACACGUGGAACUCUGUUUCUCAGGAUGGUACCACAACCAGUGUGGCGAUUCGCGGUUUGACCAGUGGGACACAAUACUUUUUUAAAUUGGGGGCGUCGACUGAAAUGGGCCCUGGACCUUAUUCUCCUGUGAAAGGUCUCAAUGUACCAUAUAGUAUUCUACCAGAGUUAGACAUUGCGACAGUGACAGGAAUCAUUGUUGGCGUGUGUCUGGGACUUAUCUGUAUCCUCCUCUGCAUCUGCUUCAGCUUCCGUAACAUCAAGUCCAGGGAGCUAUCUGCAGGCCUGGAUUCCACAGCUGCUACUCCUCAGCCCAGAAGAGGCGCUGGCUGCCAUCUCCCAUCCAAUGUGCCAGAGUGCAGCUACAGCCAUGAGCUGGAGACACUGAUGCCCUCAGGCAGCCAGGAGUGUGGUCAUCCACUGGCAGAGGCCCCAGAGGAGCAGCGCCUCAUGUCGACUACUCACUCAGGGGGUGGGGGGGACAGCUCUCCCUUGGAGAACAGGGCUUGGAAUGGGUCUGUCAGUCAUCACUGGGCCAACAGAAUCACGACAUACAGAGACACUCUCACAGACGCUGCAACAUUAGUUAAUGGAGCCCCUACCUUGCUAAAGAAUACAGAUGGCACGGACACAGCAGAUUUGUGUGCGUCAGUGUGCAAUAAUCAGGUGGAGGCAGAGGUCAUCGUACACUCAGAGCUCUCCGACCCUGCAGGAGUAAAGCGAGAGGAGGGAAGUAAGAGAGAGGAGUCCAGCAGCAGCAUCCCCAGACUUGUGUCAUUAUCAGACGGCGCACACUCGCCUUUAAGCCUGGGCAGCCUAUCUACAGAGCAAAAGCCUUCACAGGAACAAAAAGUGGUCCAAAGCCCCUCAAGUCUUCCUUCAAUUAAGCCGGAAUGUUACCACAACGGGGAGCAAGAGGCAAUAGGAAGAGAGAUGGAGACAGACUUGGAGCUGCAGCGGGGUACGGCUCUCACCAAUGGCUUCCACUCACCUCAAACUGUGUGCUCUGUGCUGACAGAGCAUCGGGACAAUGGGGAGAGCAGACACUGUGCCAGCACUGCAAGCAAGGCUGCCUCUGUGGGCUUGACUUCUACCCCAUUUGUGAGCUCGGGACUGGUCCACUCUACCUCAGCUGUCCAUACGUACUUGUGCCCAUAG